UUGGAGGCCAAGACGAGCAUGGGGUUUACUGCCUUGCACUUGGCUGCUCAAGCCUGCAGCCAGGAGUGCAUGCACAGCCUGAUCAGCAAGGGCGCUGACGUCAACGCCCUUGACCAUGUUCGAACCUCACCCCUCCACAUCGCCGUGCAGCUGGAGUCUCCUGCCUGCGUCCAGCAGCUCUUGCUAGCAGGAGCCAACUUGAGGGUGAAGACUAUCGACGGCACCACUCCGAUAGACUUGGCGAGCCAGCAGCAGGACAAGAAGCUCUACAACCAGCUGAGGUCAGUCGCUCGCCCUGCUCAAGUGGCUGAGAAUGGGAGCAGGAAGAUUCUGAGCCUGCAGGAGGAA